AUGGCAAACCGUAUGAACGACUUUGUGUUACAACAAUUAUUGGCUGAAAAUCAACGUUUAAAAGAAAGUUUAGAAAGUUGUCGAAAGGCCAUCCCAAUUUCUGAAGCAUGUCGAACUCUGAUUGAUUAUUGCAAUGAUCACAAGUCGAAGGAUAUGCUCGUGAUGGGUGACCCUACAAAUCCAUAUUGGAAUCCACCAAAGGAUGGAGGAUGUUGUACCAUCAUGUAA